CCCGCUGGAGGGGGGAGCGGAGGCGGAGCGGAUCGCCCCGGGGCGGGGCGGAGCCUCCUGGGAUGCCGUCCCUGUGUCCUCCAGGGUGAAGUUCGUUUUAGGAGAGAGGUUCCUGGGCUCCCCGUUAAAGUAGGACCUCUGUCUCAAUUAGAUCACUGUUAGGAAGAACUCUGGGUACAAUUAUGAACACGAUGUACGUGACAACGGCUCAGAUCUUAAGAUCUCAUCUGAUAAAUGUUUCAAUGAUAUCUAAUCGAAUGAAAAUGCUCCCAUAUCUCGGUGUCAUUAGAAAUAGAAUGAUGUCAACUCAUAAAUCCAAAAAGAAGAUGAGAGAAUAUUACAGGCUGCUAAAUCUGGAUGAAGGAUGCUCUGCAGAUGACGUCAGGGAAUCUUUUCAUAAGCUUGCCAAGCAAUACCAUCCAGACGGUGACUCUAGUACUGCUGAUUCUGCGACGUUUAUAAGGAUCGAAGAAGCUUAUAGGAAGGUGCUUUCCCAUGUGAUAGGACAAACAAAUGCCCGACAGAAUAAAGUUGAAGAAGCAGAGGAAGAAGAAGACAAAUUCAAAUAUAAAACACCCCAACACCGGCAUUAUUUAAGUUUUGAAGGUAUUGGUUUCGGAACCCCAAGUCAACGGGAGAAGCAAUAUAGGCAGUUUAGAGCAGACCGUGCCACUGAGCAGGUGAUGGAAUAUCAGAAGCAGAAACUACAAAGCCAGUAUUUCGCCAAUAGUGUAAUUGUUAAAGAUGUAAGACAGAGUAAAGAACAAAAGAUAACUCAGGCUAUAGAUCGUUUAGUAGAGGAUCUCAUUCAGGAAUCAAUGGCCAAAGGAGACUUCGACAAUCUCAGUGGGAAGGGAAAACCUCUAAAAAAAUUUUCUGGCUGUUCAUAUAUCGAUCCCAUGACUCACAACCUGAACAGAAUAUUGAUAGAUAAUGGAUACCAGCCAGAAUGGAUCCUAAUGCAAAAAGAAAUCAAAGAUACCAUUGAUCAACUCAGAGAGGCCAUUUUAGCAUCAAGAAAAAAACUUGGGAAUCCAAUGACACUGAAUGAACAGAAGCAGUGGAACCAAGUUUGUGACCAGUUUCAAGAAGACAUCCGGAAACUAAACAAGCGAAUUAAUGAUUUUAAUUUAAUUGUUCCCCUCCUGACCAGUCAGAAAGUCCAUUUUGAUGCACAGAAAGAAAUUGCCAGAGCCCAAGAAGUAUAUGAGACCCUUACAAAAACAAAGGAAGUCACAGAUAAAAACCCAAACAACACUGAUCAGAGAGAAGGAGAGAAAACACCUGGAGUCAAGACAGGUUUUUUUAACUGGAUGAAUGUGUGGAAAUUUAUUAGAAUAUGGCCACUUAAAUACUCACAGUAGUGCCCCAAACCAUCUUCAGUUGUGCUGACAUCACACAGAGGCUGAGAUUUAUUGUUGUAACACAAAAGCCUGAGAACUGUGUGCCUCUGUACUUAGUACAAAACUGAUCACGUCUCCAGUGAUGUGUGAGAAAGCUGUAAGAAACUGAGUCAGAAAUGUCCAGCCAGCUUUGCUCUGAGGAGGUUGCAAGAACAGAAGAGAAUUUCUAGGAAAACAAUCCAUUCCGGCGCAUGAAUGUCAGCCCCAGGUGAAAUGAUUUAGGUCAGGGACUCAGACUGGGAAUCAUAAAGGGUAUUCCAAAAGUCUUAGUGCAAUUUUCAGUUCUAAUAACUCAGAAAACAGUUGCCAUCUUCAAAAAUAGUUACUGAACCAACAACAACAAUCAAAAGCAAACCUUAAAAAGCAUUCUCAAAGUCACAAAACUAAGGAAGUAUGGGCCAUAGGCAAGCAAACUUUCACAAUGAUGCAUGUUUUUUGCAAGCUUGCUGCAUUUAUACACUUGAGGUUAUUAAAGCUUACAACCAUUCUAAGACUUGGGACACUAUGUGGGUGGAAAUGUUAUGAUCAGGAAAUUAGCCCAAUAGAGUUACUGCACUCUUCCUUUUUUAUAAAGACCUCUGUGGGUACUGAAUAAAAAACCAAAAACCCACAAAAUUUCUGGGUUGUACUUUUUCCUGCCUUAACUUCAUUAUCUUAGCUAUGGAGAUCCAUCAGCCAAGCUAGUUAAUAUAGCUGUUCUAGAAGUAGACUCCAGUGGCCACUUUUAAAAGAGUUUGGGUGUAUUUUCUGCCCUUUUGGAGGUAAAAUAAUAAAAAAAUCCUUGGGAUCAAUGGAAACUUAAGAUUUCACUUCUGACUUCAUCUCUAAGUCUCCCUGAAGCCUUUCUUUGUCAUCUAUCAGAUUCCCCAGAGGCUUUUUCCAUGUGAAAAUCUCAAUUUAGGGAUAUAAUUUCCUGUCUUAGGAACCUUUUCAUAAAGGAAAAGGUGUCUGAAUUUUGUGCCAGUUUGCACUUUGGGCAAAUACAGGAGAUUAACAUUCGUGAGAUUGUUACAUUCCAUCCACUUUCAGAAAAUCUGACUUUUUAGGUUUGCGUAAUUGCUUUAGCCACAGAAUUGGGCAACUAGAAGAAUACAGAGUGGUCAAACAGAGCAGAUCUGUUUCCUUAUUUAACUCAGAGUGCUGGAUUAUGGAUGCGGUUGAGAAGUGGCACUUGCCACUCUGAUUUUGAAAGAACAAGUUAUUUUGUAAAGUGCGUGAUGGUUAAGUAAAACUACAUCUUCCAAAGGAAAUUUCAGGACUUUCUACUUGGAUGAUGGGGUAAUUAAUUGGUAUAAUAUAUGAUUAUUUUACUGAAUGAGUUAUGUGGCUUCUACAAUGAUGGCAUUACUGUAAAUGAAAUUGUGAACAGUAUGAAAUAGAGCUACAUACUGAGAACUGUAGUUCUAAAACAUUUUAGAAGGCUAUGAUUCUGUGAAUCUUGUUAAGAAUGGGAAUAAGAUGUAUGAUACCUAGUUGCAUUGCAGCAACAUAAUACAAAAGACUAUUUUCAAUAUUGGAUAAUGGGAAAGUAAACAACAAAAAAUCUAGUAAACCCUUAUUUUCAGCACAGCACACUUUAUGUCUGUACAUGUUGUCUAUAUUAAUAAAAUUAAUUUUAAUGAUUA